AUGAAUAUGGUGUAUUACUUUAUCUGAUUUAAAUAAUUGAAGUGUCGCAACAAAUAUUCUGAGGGCUUUGCAAGUGUUUUCGUUUCUCAAGGUUGCUCGGAAGGUUAUUGUUUAUUGGCCGAACUUAUGUUUAACUAGUAUCUGCAUAAUAGUAGCUUGUUCGUUUUCCUAAGACAACUCAUUAAUCAAUGAACCCUAGCUUUCUUUACGUCGAACACUAAGCUCUGGAAACAGCGCUUCAAAAUACAAGUUCGUCUUCAGGUGAGGUCACUUAUUGUUUUUAUUAGACGCUCAGUAAGUUUCAACCAUUUGGAAAUCUACCUCUAGAUAACUACAUGCUUUAUAAGUUCCAUCAACCAAAUCAGUACUGUGGACUGCAAAAUAACAUGAGUUUGGGCUUCUCUUCCGUUGGUUCGCACAUACUGAGCGUUUUAAAUGUAAACUCCGCAUUGGUUUCUUUAGCCAUACUAACUGCAUUGAUAAAUCAUCGUUCGGUAGCAGAUGUGCGUAAAAAUAUACCUACAACGAAUGAUUUACUGAUGGUAUUUAUCUUAUGUCGACAUGGUGAUAGGUCUCCUGUUCACACUUUUCCAACAGAUCCAUAUCGAAAGCUAUGGAAAAUGGGAUAUGGUCAGCUAACAACUUAUGGUGCAGAACAACAUCAAGAACUUGGUCGAAUUAUCCGAAAAAUGUAUUCUGGUUUCGUUCCUGAAGUUUAUCAUAAGGAUGAAACAUUGUUUCGUAGUUCUGGGACUGAAAGAACACUGAUGUCUGCAAACAACUUUAUCCGAGGAUUUUAUCACUUGGAAAAGAAGAGCACAAAUAACGUUCCUCCUGUGUUUUCUAGACUAGCACACGAAGAUCACCUGUUAAAAAUGUCCAGCAAGUGCCCUAAAUUUAAAAGGCUUUUUCACCAUCUGAUGAACUCAUCAGUGGUAUCUCAGAAAGCAAACACAUUGAGAAACUUCUUCGACCUCCUGGAGCAUACGACUGGGUACACUUUCCCUAUUGACAGAAGUUCUUCAGAUAAUUUUUACACAGCCUGGCGUAUAUGUGAUCCUGUUACAAUAUGGGUGGAUCAUUCAUUGCCUUCACUUCCUCGUUGGGUCACUAGUGAUGUUUAUAAACAAUGCUCUAACUUAUUGGACUAUAAACAUUUCAUUCGAUUUUCUAAACCACAGUUGACAAGAUUACGAGGUGGUCCGCUGGCUGGUCAUAUUAUGGAUUUAUUUCGUGAGCGUAUUAACCAAGAGCUAAAGAAUAGUGAUCAUGACAUGGAUUCAUCAGAACAACUACAUCGACGUUUCGUUGCUUAUUUUGCACAUGAUUCCACACUGGCGGCUCUAAUGAGCCAUUUAGGUGUAUAUAAUGGAAUCAAACCACCUUUGGCAAGUUGUUUGAUAGUAGAACUUCAUCGUUCAUUAUCAUCAUCUAAUAAUUUUUAUCUUCGAUUUUAUUAUCUAAAUGAAACAAAACUACCUUUAAAAACGGAUAAAAUAGUUAAUCUAUGGCCAACUAAAUGUGAAACUCAUAAUCAUAUUGAUGGUAAACAAUUAAAUUAUUCAUGCCCAUUUCAUAAACUUGAAUUAUCACUUCAAGGGACUUAUGCAACCGAUAUUGGAGCUGAAUGUUAUGAUAAUGAUGCAAUAAAUAAUGUUAAAACAACAUAUACGAAACCAUCAGGCAUAAAAAUGCUUGAAUCUUAUUGUUAUCAUCCACAAUUAUUAACUUUCAUUUUUAUUCAAACAGCUAUAGUAUGUUAUUUUGUUGCUCGUUUCUUACCUAUUCCAAUUGCUUAUUUCAUAAAUAAUUUUAGAUAUUCACGUCAUGUACGAUAAACUUCUUUAAUAAUGAAUCUUAUUUAUUCAACAUGUAAAUGAUAUUUAAUUCAUACAAACAAAAGAAUCAUUCUAAUGUUGACUUGAAGUACUUCAUGUGAUAUUCAUUCCUUUUUUUACCAUUCAUUGAAAAAGAAAGUAGUUUUUAAUUAACCUUUAAUAAAUUAUUUUUCUACUUAAAUAAGGAUAGUAUAUUAGUUGUUUUUAGUUUUAUAUACAACGAGACAAUGGUCAGUCACUUGAAUGCUUAUUUCAUAAUUUUUAUAUUCAAUACAGCCAGCCCAUGUACACGUUCAAUCAAUUAUUGUUUCUUAAUUUCUUUAUUAUAUUCUAUGAAUAUUCUUAUUAUCAUAAUAAUUUUUCUCUUGUCAAAAUAGAAGUUUUUAUAAUGAACAAAAAAUAUAAGUUAGACAUUAACAUCGUUGGAUGCCGGCUCAGUGGUUUAGUGGUUAAGUGCUCGCGCGCGAAACCAGUAGGUCUUGGGUUUGAGUCUCGCAGGAGACGAGGUCGUGGAUGCGCACGACUGAGGAGUCCCACAAUAGGACGGAACAGCCACCCAGUGCUUCCAGGUUUUUCAUGGUGGUUUAGCUUCAAUUGACUCAUGAUCUUAACCAUUGGAAAAAUAUUUUGUUAUUUGAAUCAUGUACAUACUUAAAAUUUCAUUAUUAUAACAUUCAUUUGAUUAAUAGUGCUUUCAAGUUUUUCAUGGUGGUCUAAAUUCAAUUGACUCAUGAUUUCAACUAGUGAAAUUUCUAAAAUCCCCACAAAACCCCUUCUGAUAAUAGUGUAUCUAUCAAUUUACUAUUUAUUUCGAUAGAACAAUGAGAAGACGAAGUUGAUCUGAAAAAUGUGAUGUAUUUGUGCUAUAGAUUUCGAACAAUCUAGUCAAACAUAUACUUUUCAGGGCAUUUUAUAUGAAAAUUAAUAAAGGUCAAUUAAAUGAAAGUUCAAGUAAAAAAGUAACAAAGGGGAGAGAAACAAUUUUUACAUCGUAUAGAAGGAAUAAGAAAUUGUGGAGUUAUCCUGGGCUAUAGAACGACCCAAGUAUUAUUAAGCCAUGAUGGACAGUGGCUAGUAGUGGGAUCCAGGACGCGCGUUUCGUCCUAUUUUGGGACUCGUCAGCCGGAUGUACCUGCAUCACAGAGUUGAUGUUCACUCUGGUACUCGAAUCCAAUACCUCAAUGGGAAGAUACAAGCCAAACAAUACCAAGAAUCAAAAGAGAAUGUACUGCUUAUUAGAAACCAGUUUUAUUAUUAUAAAAUCAAAGCAUCCACAAUCAAUAUUUUUUGUCAAAUGAAUUUUAAGAUGUUACAUGGAUAAUCUAACGAUCGGUCAAUUCUGCAUAUAUAUAUGACCAGUAAAAGCUUUGUCAUCAUCAAAAUGAAUGAGCUUGAAAACAUCUACAGUUUGGUCAACAAUGUCUCGGAUGAUACUAAAUUCAUAACUGAAAUUAUGUCGAACAAUAAACUACCAUCCUUUGGAUGUGUUGGUAACAAGAACCUAUACAGCAGAACUGAAGAAACAAGUAUGUUGAAAAUCAAUCCACACAGACUAACUUCUUAACUACAUUGGCAACAACCAGAUCACGAACAAAAUCAUCUACGUACAAUUAGAAGGCUAAAACAUAUUGCAUCACAAAUCUAGCUAUGGAAAAUGAAAAUAAUAUUGUUGACUUUUACCACUGUCAAUUAUCAUGUAAUAAAACCACCAAUUAGAAUACUGACUUAUAUGGCCUUGUUCCUGUUCUAAGCCCAUGACAAGUCAAACACCACUAGCAGCUUUGCGUCAACUCUGAAAUCCUUAUUGGUCCACAAAAUAGUAGUUAUUAGUUUAACCCUGCCUGUUGAGUCCAGAACACAAUGGUGGAAAUUUGUAGAGGGAGUUUUGUUUCCUGAAUUGGUUGGUUUGGUGGUGCAGCUUUUAUAAUUCUUCUGAAAAACAUUCUCACGAAAUUCAGGUAGAAGUUGUUGUCGACUAAUCGACCAGUCAAAAAAAUCGUAGAAAAACAUAGGACGAAAAAUCAGAUUAGAAGGAGAGAAAAUUAAAACAAUGAUGUGGACAAUGAGACGUUUAAGGUCAAUAAUAGAAAAUCAAAAAUAUGUCAUUCAUAUAUCUACCGGUAUUUAUAAUUCAAGUACUUGUAACGUUGUAAAACGCUGUUUUUACUCAAUUCGCUCCAAAGUUGUUGUGUCCACACUUUACAGUCACUGGAACACCUAAUGAAUUUGAACCAAAAUUAUAAGCUCAAUUUACCAUUCUACUAAUGUUUUAUUAUUGUAGUCGGUAUAUCGCGAUCCUGUAAUUUUAUUUUUGUGGAACUUCUUGCUCUGAAACUGACAGUUAGAAGUGUCUACAACUCUCGUGCUUAGAUAAACUUAUUCAUUUAAAUAAAGUUUUAUUAGUACCGAAAACGAAGUAAUCUUUAUUUAGAAACGAAGCUUCAACUAUUUGUACAAACGGAAUCAAGGUCAAUUGAAGCUUCUUUACAAAUAUAACAUUCCGAACAAUCUAGCUAAUUGAGGUAGAAUACAACUCUGCAUAGCUGAGGCAAUAUGGAUCUGUUGUGU